AUGCUAUUGGCUUUCAAUAAGCAGAGCAAUGGCCAGAAGUUUCAUGAAGAUGUCACAUAUCUGCAGGUGAGGACACUAGUAGAAUUGCUCUGUUUUGAAGAAAAGAGUUAUACGAUGAGCAACGAAGGAAUACCUGUCUUGUUAAAAGAGUACAUCACUCUAGUGGGGCCAGCAUUUAGCUCUGCUUCUGCGAAAACUUUGAUAGAUAGAAUCACCUCAAACGAGUUUCGAGAUUUCUUGAGAAAUAGAAAGUUGAAAGUCUCUCUCUUUGGUGGGUUGAAGGUAACUCUAUUGAUGCUUGAAGUAGUUCUUAAUGAUGCAGAGGAGAAGCAAGUCACCAAUGGUUCAGUCAAAGAAUGGCUUGAACACUGGGGUAUGAACGCCAAGCUCGAAGCAAUAUCAAGUAGGCUUGAACACUUUGCCAAGCAGAAGGAUAUCCUUGGUGUGCAAAGUGUUAGCUCAAGGGGAAUUAAAACAGCUACAACAUCAUUGGUAAAUGAAUCUGCUGUGGUUGGCAGAGAGGAUGAUAAGGAAAAACUUUUGAACAUGCUGUUGUUUAAUGAAGAUGCAAAGGAUAAUGAUAUAGGACUGAUCACUAUUUGGGGAAUGGGUGGUGUGGGGAAAACAACCCUUGCACAACUCCUUUACAAUGACAAGGAAGUGGGACAACAUUUCGAUUUGAAGGCUCGGGCUUGUGUUUCAAACAAGUUUAAUGUUUUUGAUGUUACCAAGAAUCUGGUUGAAUCUGUCACUUCAAAAGUCUAUCACAAUAAAAAUUUAGACUUACUUCGGUUUGAACCGAAAAAUUGCUUGACCAAUAAAAAAUUUCUGCUUGUGUUGGAUGACAUAUGGAAUGAUAAAUAUAGUGAUUGGGAUGAUCUGGUAACUCCUUUUCGCUGUGGAAGAAGGGGCAGCAAGAUCAUUGUAACAACUCACCAACAAAGAGUUGCUGAAAUCACACGUACGUUUCCUGUAUAUAACUUGACUCCUCUCUCAAAUGAAAAUUGUUGGCAUUUACUUGCCAAGCAUGCUCUUAGAAAUGAAGAUCCCAACAAAUAUACAGUGUUAGAAGCAAUUGGUAAGAAAAUUGCAAGAAAAUGUGGUGGCCUACCAAUAGCUGCCAAAACAGUUGGAGGUCUUUUGCGCUCAAAAGAGGAUGCAGAGGAGCGGAAUAAAAUUCUAAAUAGCAACCUGUGGGACUUACCAAAUGAUGAUGUUCUACCUGCUUUGUGUUUGAGUUAUCUUUAUCUUCCUUCACAUUUGAAGCAAUGUUUUGCCUAUUGUUCAAUAUUUCCGAAAGACCUUGUGUUAGAUAAAAAGCAAUUGACCUUGUUAUGGAUGGCUGAAGGAUUUGUACAGCAAUACUCCCAUGGGGAGAAAGCAUUGGAGACACAAGCAAGUGACUGCUUUAAUGAAUUGUUGUCUAGGCCUUUCUUUCAGCAAUACGAAGGUGAUCCAAGAAAGUUUGUCAUGCAUGAUCUCAUCAAUGAUUUAGCCAAAUUUGUAUCUGGUAGGAGUUGUCUUUGGUUUGAAGGCAAUGAAAUCCCAAAAUCUGUGCCACCUGAUUUGUUUUCAAAACUAAAAUGGUUAAGAGCGCUGUCAUUGUCAGGGUAUUACAGUAUCACUGAGCUGCCUAAUUCAAUUGGCAACUUGCAGCAUUUGCGAUAUCUGGACCUUUCCUAUACCUCAAUCACUCGGUUGCCUGAUUCAAGCUUUACACUCUACAACUUGCAAACCUUGCUUUUAUCAUAUUGUUUGUCUUUCAAUGACUUGCCUGGAAAGAUAGAGAAGCUUAUUAAUCUACGCCAUCUGGACAUUAGUGGCAUUGCUUUGAAGGAGAUGCCAACACAAAUUAGCAAACUUCAAAAUCUUUAUAAUUUGAGUACUUUUGGGAAAGUCGUUGAUUGCAUGGAUGCUUACGUGGUGAACUUGAAGAGGCGAGAAAAAAUUGAGGAGUUAGUGUUGGAAUGGGACUGUGAUACUCAGGAUUCACGAGUUGUAAAAGAUGUACUUGACAUGCUGCAACCUUCAAGAAAUUUACAAAGAUUGACCGUCAACUAUUAUGGUGGUACUAGCUUUCCAAAUUGGGUGGGAAAUUCUUCAUUUACAAAUAUUACCUUUUUAUCUAUAAGUGAUUGCAACUAUUGCUUAUCACUUCCACCAUUUGGACAACCACCUUCUCUCAAAGAGCUCUUGAUCAAAGGAAUAACAUUAAUACACACAGUUAGUCAUGAGUUUUAUUGCAGUAAAACAGAGUCCUCUUCAUUUCAGCCAUUUCGGAUUUUGAAAAGUCUAAGAUUUGAGAAGAUGCCAGUUUGGGAGGAAUGGAUACCAUUUGAAGUUAAAGGUACCAAAUUUCCAUUUCCUUGUCUUAAACAUUUGUAUUUAUAUGAUUGUCCUAUGUUCAAGGGAGACAUUCCCAACAAUCUUCCUUCAUUGACAAAGGUUGAUAUAUUAAAGUGCAAUCAAUUGAAGGUAAAAUCAUCAGCUUUGCAAUGUAUUACAUCUAUUGAGGAAUUAAAUAUUGAACUAGGGGAACAAGGCUUGUUGAGGACUCUUGAUAAUGAUUCUCCGGUCUCACUAAAAUGUCUCCGAAUUGAGGUGUGUUACAGCUUGCAGUCUUUUGCCAAGAUUGAAACCGAGUAG